AUGGUUUCCUUCACCUUCUCCACUGUUCUGGCUCUCGCCGCCGCCGUCUCCUCGGCCCCCACCGAACGCCUCCAGUCUCGUGCGGUUGUCGCCCACGACUCUAUCCAGCCCGUUGCUCAACGCAUUCAGACUGGUGGCAAUGGCAAACUCAUCGAGACCUUCAACCCUCUCCUCCACAUCGCCCACGGCUGCCAGCCGUACCCCGCCGUCGCUGACAACGGUGACACCAGCGGCGGUCUUCAGGACACUGGCAGCGCCACCGGCGGCUGCAGAGACCAAGCCAAGGGACAGACCUACGCCCGCGCCGGCGUGGUCGAUGGCAAGACCUGCAUCAUGUACUCCUGGUACUUCCCCAAGGACCACCCCACCAGCGGUGACGUUGCCGGAGGCCACCGCCACGACUGGGAGAACAUUGUCGUCUGCGUUGACGACCCGGCUGCCGCCACCCCCAAGAUCACUGCUGCCGGUGCUUCUUCCCACAGCGGAUACAGCAAGGUCGGUGGCGCCCCGAAGAUGGACGGCAACAGCCCCAAGGUCGAAUACUUCACCACCUUCCCCACGAACCACGAACUCCAGUUCACCGACACCAAGGGCAAGACCUACCCCAUCUCUGACUGGGACGCCAUGCCCGAUGCCGCCAAGACUGCUCUUCAGAACGCCGACUUCGGAAAGGCCAAUGUUCCCUUCAAGGAUGGCAGCUUCGAGUCCAAGGUCCGCGAGGCUACUGCUGCUUAA